AUGAGUUCUCCAUUACAAAUUACUCAACCUCAGACUGGCGGUGUUGCUCGUCCUGCUGAGGCUUCUCCUCCAACCCUCGAUAUUGUCCGAUGUUCCCGUUGCCAACAAUCUCUCAGCCUAGGCCAAUCAGGCUGCAGCAUCGUCCAAUUCGGCAUGAACUCCUACUACUGCGGCCGCUGCGCAACCAAAGUCGGCUUCGGAGAAUGA